AUUUAGCCGUUAUAGUAAAAGAGAAGACGCUGUGGAGCUGCAAAGGGAGAAAACCAUCGAAUUCCUGCGCAUUUUAACAUUUGUUUUAUUAUUUUUGAUCAUCUCAUUAUACCUAUAUCGUUUUGCUUUUUGAAAAGAAAAAUAAUACGUUCCUCCCCUUCAAACUCCUAAGCAAAUUUGCAAUAUUGGAUUAUAAGUACUAUAUAUUUUAUACUAAUUAUUAAGAAAAGGGUUAUGGCUAAGGUACCUGCUGUUGGUAUUGAUUUGGGCACCACCUAUUCUUGUGUGGGCGUUUUUCAGCAUGGAAAGGUCGAAAUUAUAGCAAACGAUCAGGGUAAUCGUGUUACACCAUCAUAUGUAGCCUUUACCGACACUGAACGUUUAAUUGGUGAUGCCGCCAAAAAUCAAGUGGCCAUGAAUCCCAAUAAUACCAUAUUUGAUGCUAAACGAUUGAUUGGUCGUAAAUUUGACGACCCUACGGUUCAGGGCGAUAUGAAACAUUGGCCGUUCGAGGUAAUUAGCGAUGGCGGUAAACCGAAAAUUCGGGUCGAAUAUAAAGGGGAGAAGAAAACAUUUUUUCCGGAGGAAGUAUCAUCGAUGGUACUGACCAAAAUGAAAGAGACUGCAGAGGCGUAUUUGGGCAAAACAGUUACUGAUGCUGUCGUUACGGUGCCAGCUUACUUCAACGAUUCUCAACGUCAGGCUACCAAGGAUGCCGGCGCUAUAGCCGGCUUAAAUGUUUUACGUAUAAUUAAUGAGCCUACUGCUGCUGCUAUUGCGUACGGUUUAGAUAAAAAGGGUACGCAUGAGCGCAAUGUGCUGAUAUUUGAUUUGGGGGGUGGCACUUUUGAUGUUUCUAUUUUAACCAUUGAGGAUGGUAUCUUUGAGGUUAAGUCCACGGCCGGUGACACGCAUCUAGGUGGCGAAGAUUUUGAUAAUCGCAUGGUUAAUCAUUUUGUUCAGGAGUUUCAACGCAAGUAUAAAAAGGAUUUAUCAUCAAAUAAACGUGCCGUAAGACGUUUGCGUACUGCUUGUGAACGAGCUAAGCGCACAUUGUCCGCUUCAUCUCAGGCCAGUAUUGAAAUUGAUUCGCUAUUUGAUGGCAUUGACUUUUACACUUCAAUUACAAGAGCUCGUUUCGAAGAAUUGAAUGGCGAUUUAUUCAGGGGUACUAUGGAACCGGUAGCUAAGUCUUUGCGUGAUGCCAAAAUGGAUAAGGGCCAAAUCCAUGAUAUCGUUUUAGUGGGUGGCUCGACUCGUAUACCUAAAGUGCAGAAACUUCUGCAAGAUUUCUUCAACGGCAAGGAACUGAACAAGUCAAUCAAUCCUGACGAAGCCGUCGCUUAUGGUGCUGCCGUGCAAGCUGCCAUCUUACACGGCGAUAAAUCGGAAGCUGUACAAGAUUUAUUGCUGCUAGAUGUUACACCAUUAUCAUUGGGCAUUGAGACCGCUGGCGGAGUUAUGACCGUAUUGAUAAAGCGAAACACUACCAUACCCACCAAACAGACUCAAGUGUUUACGACAUAUUCGGAUAAUCAACCAGGAGUUUUAAUUCAAGUUUUCGAAGGUGAACGAGCCAUGACAAAGGAUAACAAUAUAUUGGGUAAAUUUGAAUUAAGUGGAAUACCGCCUGCUCCUCGAGGCGUACCACAAAUUGAGGUUACGUUUGAUAUAGAUGCCAACGGCAUCUUAAAUGUAACCGCUAUAGAAAAGUCAACGGGCAAAGAAAAUAAAAUUACUAUUACAAACGACAAAGGACGUCUUAGCAAGGAGGACAUUGAACGUAUGGUUAACGAAGCUGAACAGUAUCGGAACGAAGACGAGAAGCAACGGGAACGUAUCAACGCGAAAAAUACUUUAGAAUCGUAUUGCUUCCAAAUGAAAUCAACUUUAGACGAUGAAAAUAUUAAGAGCAAAAUUUCUGAUGGCGAUCGCCAAACCAUUUUGCAGAAAUGUAAUGAGACGAUCGCUUGGUUGGAUGGCAAUCAGCAAGCUGAGAAAGAAGAGUUCGAAUACAAACAAAAAGAAUUGGAAAAAAUUUGUAAUCCCAUCAUUACAAGACUUUAUCAAGGUGGAGCACCGCCUCCAAAUCCCCCCGGUGCCGGAACUAGCGGCAGUGCCGGUGCUGGACCCACCAUUGAAGAGGUCGAUUAAAGCAAAUUAAAAACGAAUUAUUAAUUUUUCACUUUACUUUAUUUCAUAAUAUAUAA